GCUCUGCGCAAAACAGCUGGGGUUAGCGCCACUCACCUGACAUUUUGCAGCUUGAGCAACAAACUUCUCAUGGAACCGCCGCGCGACUGAAGGCCCACGCCUGUAGUUUGUUUUUCCCACGCACGCAGCCAUGAAGAAGUGUUGCGCAUCGGUUUGUUUUGUGCGCUCUUUGGGAAAUGCGCCGCUGCUGCUGCUGCUGCUACUUGUGGCGCCGUUCAGGACGUUUGCGCAGCUUGCACCUGAGUGCUAUCCCGGAGGUCAUCGCAUUCUGCGGAACCCUUACCGCAGUGUUGACUUUGACUCCACUGAGAUGCAGAGUACAGCCAUCCAAGACCUGGUCUGUGACCACUCGCUGGCGCCGGGCUGGUACCGAUUCAAGAUCAACAACAAGCCAGCUGAGAUGCCGACCAGCUGCGUUGAGAUGAAUCAUUGUGGGACGCAGGCACCCGUGUGGCUCUCACUGAAGGACACUUCCCUACCGCGGCCUGGCGAGGUCCGCCAGUUGUCUGCCUGUGCCACCUGGCAGUUUUUUCGUGGCAGCGCCAAAGACUGUUGCCUCUUCCGCAUCCCCAUUACGGUACACAACUGUGGUGACUUCAUGCUCUAUUACUUGCAGCCCACACAAGGAUGCAUGGGAUACUGCGCCAAAGUCGCUCCAACCUCGGCACCUAAGAUCUGCCCACUAGGUGAGGUGGAGGUGAACGGCCGGUGCAAAGCCGCUCUGCCAUCCUUGCCGUCACGGCCGGUCAUCUCUCCAGAGCUAAUCGGCCACAAUGUCCACUUGAGGUGCUCCUUCAUCCCGCCGCCAUGGAGUCACCCGCUAGGCUUCCAUGUGGUUUGGGCGCGGCACAUCAGCAACAGCAUGAAGGCCGAGAUCCGUCAAGAGUCCACGGUGAAGCCAUUCUCCUUGGUGGAGAUGGACGCCGUUCACUUCAGGCUGGGAGAGACGUUCUCGUGCAGCGUGUCAUCGUUUCAAGCCAAUGCCACCAGCAGUCGAUCUUCUCCCAGGGAGAGUGAGGCUUUCUACGCUGGGCUAAAGUUCUCAGUUAAGUCGCUACAUAUAGCAGAGAAUGGCGAGGAGCACGAGGUCAGCAUCAGCAGCACCGUGCCUCUCUCCUGCUAUGACAUCAAUAAGUGUGGGGUCACUCUGGUGCUGAGUGUGCAGGAACCAGACCACCUCGGACACGAGGUCUCCAACGUGGCGCUGUCCACCUGCCAGGUGGAGCUCCGCCCGACUGCCUGCAACAAGGGAAUCUGCGCCCGGGCCACCUUCUUUGUCACCGCUGUCACCGACUUCACACGUGAUGGGAACCGGAUCAGCUUGAUCAGCGUCGCUCUCGGAGCAGGUGUACCUCGGCUUUGGAGAGGUUACAUGCCGACUUCGCUGAAAGUCACAGUUCAGGAAGUUCCCACUUCCAUCUGCUACUCACUGACGGAUCCACAUGUCAUCACACUCGAUGGCAGGCGCUAUGACAACCAUCAGACUGGCACCUUCCUUCUGUACCGUAGCCUCUCCAGGGACUUUGAGGUCCACUCUCGCCAGUGGGACUGCAGCAGUCGUCAUUACGCUGUGGCUUGCGGCUGUGGUGUUGCGGCUCGAGAGGGUAACGAUGUAGCCAUUUUUGACAUGUGCAAUGGCCGACCGCAGGAAACAAGACCCCAGCUCACGGUGAAAGUCCUCGGUGAGGAACGUGGUUAUGGCCGCCAGGUCCGUGUGCUAGAAUCUCACCAGGGAAAGAAAGUCACCAUGAUCUUUCCCUCCGGAGCCUUUGUCCGAGCUGACUUUGGCGACUGGGGGAUGAGCCUGUCCGUCCGGGCGCCAAGCGUUGACUACAGGAACACGCAAGGCCUCUGCGGCACCUUUGAUCGCAAUAGCAAUAAUGACUUCCACGGUGACAGCGGUAGCCAUGUUGACUUGCGUGGCUUCAUAGAAAACUGGAGGAUAGCUCCUGGUGAGAGUUUAUUCGACAAAACCCCUCCUGGCUCCAGAAGAGAGGACAGGAGACCCUUCUGCCGGUGCCGGAAAGGGAGUUCUUUCCAUCCCACUGAUGGAAGAUUGGAGGGUCACAUGGUUGGUCUAUCUGCUCACUCUGAUUGCACUGCGCAGGACAAUGUGGAUUACAUAUCUGUGUUCGCCUCGCUGGACACCACACUGGACUACAUCAAGCAUCCCGAAACGGACGCAAGCAUCCUGAACGUGUCCUCUCAUCAUCCCUCGGAGGGGAUGCGCCCUCAGUUUAACGUCCACAAUGAUGACGAACAAGCGUUCAGAGAUGACAUGCUAAUCUCGGGUGAGAGGCUGAAGAGACAGACAAUGUUUGAGUUACAGACAGUCUUUGACUCUCAAAGCCUCAGCCAGGCAGAGCUAGCGCACCUCGCCUACUUUUUCCCUGAGGAUCACUUCGUAAAACUGCGACCAGAGGUUCGUCCUCAUUGGCCCACACCAAGCGGUCUGACCUCUGGCAAAGCUCUAGAAGUGUGCCACAUGGCUUUGUCCAACUCCACAGUUGGCACAGUGUGCCGAGGGCUGCUGGGACGACGUCUUGAGGAAGCUGUGGAUCUCUGCAUUCUGGACCUUCAGCUGAAAGAUGAUUUGGGCUGGGAUGAGGCUCUGCUACCCUACCUAGAGAACGAGUGCGAGAGGAGACUGCUCGAGAACCGGGCCCAGAGGGCCAUGCAGCCACUCGAUCACCGAGGAGUGCCUGAGGAGGUGGUGACAGCCUUGCGCUGCCCUAAUUUUUGUAAUGGCAAUGGCGAUUGCACAGAGUUUGGCUGUCAGUGUCACCGAAGCUUCAGCUCAUAUGACUGCAGCGUUGCCAUUGCUCAGCCAGUUGAGCUAAGUGACCUGGAAAACGGCGGCCUGUGUGAUAUCAGAAAAUCUGACUGCCAGAAUAUUCGGGUCUUCGGCCUGGGCUUCAUUGACUCUCCCAUCCUGAGCUGCCAUGCCACCAGACUGAAGUAUGUAAACGGUGUUUGGCUUCCGGGGGAAAAGCACAGAACCAGAGCCACUUUUCUCAGCUCCAAGGCUUUGGACUGCGGCGUGCCCUCACUGACCAGUGCGGUCGUCAACACAAAAGACUUCUUAAUGGACGACAAACCAUACGCGCAGUGGGAGAUCAAGGUGACCAAUGACGGCUCCCAGUACAGCCAAACCAAACUACUGACCAUCUACGAUGGCGCUUGUCAGGUGUGCACCGCGUCCGGCUCUGGGCUCUGUAAGUUAAAGGACCGGACAUGUAACAUAGACGGGAUGUGUUUCGCAGAAGGUGACAUAAAUCCAGGAAGUCCGUGCCUGCUCUGUGACCCAAAUGCCUCGAAAUACACCUGGUCCCUAAGCCAAGUCAACCAGCCGCCAAACUUCCAUCAACUUCAGAGUGACCUGCGGACAUUUGCCGGAGAGAACUUUGUCUUCCAGUUUGCAGCGUCAGACCCGGAAGGCUCGGCCGUGCUCUUUCAACUGGAGACCGGCCCAAAGGGCGCCACGCUCUCGCCGGCUGGGCUCCUCAUCUGGGGGGUCCCAUCAGCUCUGGAAGAGGAGGGGCAUAAGUCGAGCUUUCACUUAACGCUGUCGGACGAGUGCGACGCUCGUAGCACCUUUACGGUUCAGAUCCAUGUGUUGCCGUGCGGAUGCCAGAAUGGAGGCACAUGCGUGACUGAUGUCACCUUCCCUGCUGGCAGUGGGAAGUACCUGUGUGUAUGUCCUGAUGGGAAACAGGGCCACCGGUGUAAUGAUAACAUAGACCAAUGUUUGUCGGCACCUUGCGCUGACAGAACAUGCAUUAACACAGCGGGUGGAUUCCGAUGCGAGUGUCCCGCAGGGUUGACAGGUGCAGCAUGCCAGAAGGAUGUUGAUGAGUGUGAACGGACACCCUGUUUCACAGGAGUACAAUGCCUCAAUAAUCACGGUUCUUACACUUGCGGCCCCUGCCCUAAAGGAAUGCAGGGAAAUGGUACAGCGUGCACAGUGGACGAGGAGCCCGAUACCGUCAUUCCCACAUCGGCACAAAGAACAGCCAUAUACAGGAUUCCAGGGGUUCUGUUGCAGAACCCAACUACUCUUCACCCAAGAACCCAGGCUUCCAAGAGCAUGCCAGGGAUUCGACCAGAUUCUGUCAAGGUUAGCACCACUCUUGAGAAGAACAUCAGUGUGAUGCAACACACAGGAAAACCUGUUGCAGCGACGUGUGCCAGCAGGCCUUGCUUUCCUGGUGUUCAGUGCAUCAACCGACGCUUGCCCCACGUUGGCUAUGUUUGUGGUCGGUGCCCACCCGGUCUUCACGGCAACGGCCGCAUCUGCAUAAAGAACGCCAAGGCAGCAUCUAAUCACCUUCCGGCUCAACAGCCGGCAGGCCAAAAGAGCCGAUCCCUGCACAGCAGCAGCAAAGUGUCCAGCCUCCACUUACCUGCCCUGCCUUCCAAACGAGGCAUCAAACACCUCUCCGUCAGUAAAGACACCACACUGCAUCAGGAUUUGGCUUUAGGGAGGGGAGGUGGUACCGGUAGGAGGGAGGCGGUCUCUGGUGAUGUUGGUAGAACAACAAUCAGUGCAUUUCCUGUCGCUGCCACCCACAGAGGCCAUGCCACAUCCUUCAAGGGGGUUGUAGUUUCCCGAGAGACAGCCCCAGAGCUGUCUGAACAAGGCACGCCCUCCAAAGUAACUCCACCCACUCCUCGUCUCAUCACUCAGUCUAGACAGACCACCCACCCCCUGCUUAAUUACGUAGCAUCCUCCCGGACCAAACACUGGACCUCUCUAAGACCUGUACGUCCUCCUACGGCAGAGCUCAGAGCUUUGUCUUAUUUGCUGCCAGAGUCCAAAUUCUCUACCGACCGGAACGAGGCGAUCACAAACCACACCAUCCUUCUCAAGAGUGCGUCGUCCAUCCAGCCACGUGUCACUACUCAUGUGACAUGUGCCGACUUGCCAUGUUUUCCUGGCGUCCAGUGUGAUGCGACGUUGGACAGCGGUUUCCGCUGCGGCCACUGUCCUGUUGGUUUCACCGGAGACGGACAGACGUGUCGAGCUGUUUGCAGGCACGCGUGUGGACAGAAUAUGGUGUGUGCGGCACCUAACGAGUGCCGCUGCAAGGCGGGUUACACUGGUACGGGCUGUCAAACAGUAAUUUGUGAGCCAGAGUGUGUCAACGGGGGAGCAUGUGUCGCUCCAGGGGUGUGCCAGUGCCCCGCCGGAUUUCACGGAGAAACCUGCCAGGAUGCUCUGUGCAGGUUGCCAUGUGAAAAUGGAGGCACGUGUGUGGGGCUGCAGAUGUGCUCGUGUCCUUAUGGUUUUGUUGGACCCCGGUGUGAGACCAUGGUGUGUAGCCACCACUGCAACAACGGUGGCAGGUGUGUCUCACCAGAUGAGUGCCGGUGCCAGCCGGGGUGGAGUGGACCAUCAUGCGAGGCCCCUCUGUGCUCUCCCGUCUGUCUGAAUGGAGGCUCUUGCGUUCGGCCCGACACCUGCAAGUGUCCUCGUGGUUUCUUCGGGACGCAGUGUCAGAACGCCGUCUGCAUGCCUCCCUGCAAGAACGGCGGCCUGUGCGUGAGGAAUAACGUCUGCACGUGCCUGCAAGGAUACGCCGGGGGGCGCUGUGAGCGAAGUGUGUGUGAGCCCACGUGCAUGAACGGCGGCCGCUGUGUGGGUCCGUACGUUUGCGACUGUCCGUCCGGCUGGCGAGGAAAGAGAUGCGAAGAACCCAGGUGCGUGCAUGCGUGUCUGAACGGCGGUGAAUGCGUUGGACCCAACACCUGCCACUGCGCCCCUGGCUGGCACGGACUGCUGUGCCACAUCCCUCACUGUCAACAAAAGUGUUUGCAUGGCAGCCGCUGUGUGCGACCCAACGUGUGUGCGUGUCGGAGCCGAUUGUCAGGCGCUCUUUGCUCCAAGAGGGAUAAAGUGAUGUGCGCGCCGCGCGCCGCGCCGCCCCGCAACGCCACUCAGACGUCAGGCAGCCAGGAUGAAGUCCGCAAGCAACGAGCGCGCUGA